CACACCUUCUGCUGACCACCACUUCGCUCCUUCUUUUCACAUUUACCAAUACUACAAUAAUAAGGCAGGAUUAAUUAUUAAUCCUGGUUUAUAAAUUUUAUUUGUUUUACAUUUUAUAUUAUAGGUAAAGUUGCUCACCUAAUUGAAGGGGUAACUGCCUCUAUAGAACAAUAGCCGGUGAACAAGCACAAGUUUUUAAGCUUGAACCCUUCGUUCCAUAUUUAGAAGCCUUGCAGGAAGGUUUUAUGGCUAUCAGCUAAAUAAAGACUAAUUUGUGUCGAUUAGCUUAUUACGAAUAACUCCUAAUUCUGUCACUUAUAAAUCAUUCCAUUUCCUGUGAACUUUUGGUUUUAAGGCAGACUUGCAAUUACUCUCAUUGAUCCCGUUUAUGUUUAGGGCAAUGAUUUCUAAAACAUUUAGCGCAGUCAGUGCGCAACAGGCUAAACUAUAUUCAUCAAGAUUAUUGAAUUCGAAAUCCUAUUGUCAGAGACAUUUUUCCGUCAUCCCGUCUCUCCUCAGAAAUGAUAUUCACGGAUCUCUAUUGAGAAAUGAGAAAUUUAUUAACUCGAAAAAUACGACAAAGUCUUCUAUACCUAACAUUACUUCUCGGUUUUUUCACCAAAGCUCUCGUCUUUCGCAGAAUAAUUCAUCGGCGCCGGACCCCAACUCUAAGGAAAAAAGGCAAGACAAGAAAAAUGAUGAUAAAAAGAAAAGUGAAUGGGGCGGUGAUGGAAACAACAAAAAGGUAUUUGAAGUAGCCCUAAACGGAAAUACCAUUUUAGGUGGUAUUUUAGUGGCUUAUAUUCUAUACAAUGUUUUAUCUCCUAAUGCAAAUAUGCAAGAAAUAACUUGGCAAGAUUUCCGUCAACAGUUUUUGGAUAAAGGUCUUGUCGAACGUUUGAUUGUCGUCAAUCAAAACCGUGUUCGCGUUAUUAUACGUGGAGGUCUUCCUAAUGCAUCCAGUCAAUACUACUUCUCAAUUGGAUCUGUAGAGUCUUUUGAUAGGAAGCUUGAAGAAGCUCAAAAGGAACUUGGAAUUCCUCCUUCAGAAUAUGUUCCUGUUGCUUACCAUGACGAAGUUUCCUUGCUCGCUACUUUACUCUCUUUUGCCCCUACUUUAUUGAUCAUAGGAAGUGUUAUUUACUUAUCUCGUCGCGCUUCAGGUGCCGCUGGUGGUGGCCAAGGCGGAAUUUUUGGAAUUGGAAAAAGUCGCGCCAAAAUGUUCAACCAUGAAACGGACAUAAAAACAAAGUUUGCUGAUGUCGCUGGUGUGGACGAGGCAAAAGAAGAAAUUAUGGAAUUCGUAAAGUUUUUGAAAGAUCCCGCUUUUUAUGAGCGCUUAGGUGCGAAGAUUCCUCGUGGUGCUAUUCUUUCUGGUCCUCCUGGUACUGGUAAAACAUUACUUGCCAAAGCCACUGCUGGAGAAGCUAAUGUUCCUUUCCUCAGUGUUUCUGGUUCAGAAUUUUUAGAAAUGUUCGUAGGUGUGGGUCCUUCUCGUGUACGUGAUCUCUUUGCAACCGCGAGAAAGAACGCUCCUUGUAUUAUUUUUGUAGAUGAAAUUGAUGCUAUCGGUAAAGCAAGAGGUCGUGGUGGUCAGUUUGGAUCUAAUGAUGAGCGUGAAAGUACCCUGAAUCAGUUACUGGUGGAGAUGGAUGGUUUCACACCGAGUGAACAUGUAGUUGUUUUCGCAGGUACUAACCGUCCCGAUGUUUUGGAUCCUGCAUUGCUUCGACCUGGACGUUUUGAUCGCCAAGUUCAUAUUGAUCGUCCCGAUAUUGGUGGACGUGAACAAAUAUUCAAAGUCCAUCUGCAGCGCAUCAAGGCUUUUGAUGAUCGCAAUGUAGUUGCAAAGCGUUUAUCUGUGCUUACUUCUGGAUUUACUGGUGCUGAUAUUAUGAAUGUUUGUAAUGAAGGUGCUUUGAUUGCUGCUCGUGUGGGUAGCGACAGUGUUCAAAUGGUCCAUUUUGAACAAGCCAUCGAACGUGUUACAGCUGGUUUGGAAAAGAAGAGCCGUGUUUUAAGUCCCGAGGAGAAAAACACAGUAGCUCAUCAUGAGGCAGGCCAUGCGGUUGCUGGUUGGUUUAUGGAAUAUGUUGAUCCUCUCUUAAAGGUAUCUAUUAUUCCAAGAGCUCAAGCUUUGGGUUAUGCCAGCUACUUGCCUAAAGAUCAGUAUCUCAUGAGUAAAGGUCAAAUAUUAGAUCAAAUGGGAAUGGCACUUGCGGGUAGAGUGUCGGAGGAGAUAUUCUUCGGUUCAGAGAAAAUUACUUCCGGCGCGUCUGACGAUUUUCAAAAGGUGACUAGAAUGGCUCAAGCUUAUGUCACUCAAUUUGGUAUGUCGCCUUCUGUAGGUACCAUUUCUUAUCCUAUGGAUGCUCGUGAAAGUGUUCAAAAACCAUUCUCAGAAGCCACUGCUCAAAUAAUUGAUGAAGAAAUCAGGAAUCUUGUCAAACAUGCGUAUGAGCGAACCAAUAAAUUACUCACGGAUCAUAAAGAAGGAUUGGAAAAUAUUGCUAAACGCUUACUGGAGAAAGAAGUUAUUACGUACAGUGAAGUUGAAGGAAUUCUUGGUCCUAGACCAUUUGCUCAUCGCCAUAUGGACAUUUCAAAAAUAAUGCGCCAGUAUGGAAAUAAUGAUUCUUCUGAUCAGCAGCCCUCUCCUUCUCCAAGCCCUUCAAGCAACUAAUGUAUAUUUUGAAGAGAAUGUUAUGGAAAAAUAAUGAUUGAUUAGAAUAGCGUUACCAUUCAGUUAAUGAAAUUUCAUUAAGUUAAAAUAUUACAAUUUCGAAAUCCUGC